AUGGCGCAACCCGUUCGGUCCGAAGAUCCCAUGACGUUCUGGGACACCCCGCGCAAGGGCGGAAAUGCAUUCAACACAGCCCCUCAGGGGGAAGAAUACUAUACUGCCCUCGCCGGCACCGGCGCGACAUGGGUGAGGCUCAUGUUGGGAAAAUGGCAGAGCACCGGGCGCGAUUUCCUGCUGGGAAAUGCAGACGCUUAUGAGGGUCUGGUCGAUACAGACCUGUCGGCAUUGAUGGCCGAACUAGACACCGCUCACGCCGCAGGCCUUCGUGUCGUCCUUGCUCCAGUCACCCUUCCCGGCACAAGGUGGGCGCAGCACAACGAAGGAGUUUACGACGACCGUUUGUGGUCCAGUGCCGCAUUUCAAUCACAAGCCGUAAAUUUCUGGGUGGAUCUGGCUACCGAAUUGAAACAGCAUCCUGCAAUCGUGGCAUAUGACAUCCUGAACGAGCCAGCUCCCGAACGUCUGGCGGGCCCCGGCGAAAACAGCCCCUUGGAAACACUUAAGGAGUGGCAACAGGAUCAGGAGGGCGGAACGCGAGACCUGCGUGCAUUUUACACCAAAGUAAUUGCAGGCAUUCGCGCAGUCGACGACAAGAUGCCCAUCAUGGUCGGCGGCGGGUGGUUUGCCAAUCCGCGUUCGCUUGCAGCGUGGCCUGCUCCAUUGUCGGACAACCGGGUCAUUUAUGCAUUUCACAUGUAUGAACCCUACGCGGCGACCAGUGCCGGCAACAUGCGACGAGACAAACCGCUUCGGUAUCCGGGCGUGAAAACCUUCUAUGACGGGCAAGAUCUUGCCUGGGACAGGCAAGCCGUCAAAUCCCAUGUCGACUUGGCAUACAGCUGGGCCUCGCACCACCGCGUUCCGUUAAAACGGGUCGUUGCUUCCGAGUUCGGCUGCAUGCGGCGCUGGAAGGAUUGCGGAUCCUAUCUGACCGAUGUUCUGGAUGCCGUGGAGGACAGAAAUGGACACUGGGCAUUCUACGCGUUUCGCGAAGAUGAAUGGGACGGGAUGGAUUACGAAUUACCCGCCAGCUUGAGACCAGGGCGCUUUUACUAUCUCAAGCAGGAAGGCAAAGCUGAACUCAUUCCCAGGAAUGGGGAGCUCAUGGAACUUUUGCAGAAACGGAUGAAGGCACAAUAG